UCCUCUGAAUGCAGAAAACGUUACAAACAAUUCACUAUGGAUCAAAUCCAUUCAUCAUAUUUGCGAAAAAAUCUCUAAUAAAGAAUGAGCAACAGAAGUUCGAAAAACAACAUAAUUCGGGCCACAUUGAUUCCGGAUUUUUAUCCAGUGGAAAUCUCCAAAUCAGUUCGGAGCUACACGAUCACGAAUUGAAUAUUGCAACCGCACCUGUUGUCCCGGAACCAAUGAGAAUAGAUAGUGGUGUGGAUCUUGACUCAAGCGAAAACUUGAGCCAAUUUACAUUAAAAAAAGUUACAUUAAAUCUUCUAACAAGCAAUAAAGUUCAAGUUGAACCUACUAUCGAAUUGACUCCAGUAAAUACCGACAAACUUGAAUUGAAGAAUGAUGUUUCAACAUUGCGACAUGAAUCGCAUCAAUCUUCUGAAAAAUCGCUCAGUGAUAAAUCUUGGCAAUUCUAUUAUACACAAAAUGAUGAUGGAGACACGUUACUUCAUAUGGCCAUAAUACAAGGUUAUAUGGAAGCUACAUUCAACUUGAUAAAAAUGGCACCACAUUCAUGCUUUUUAAAUAUUCAAAAUGAUGAUGGUCAGACACCUUUACAUUUGGCUGUAUUAACACAACAACCAAAAAUCGUUAGGCGAUUAAUUUUGGCAGGUGCAAAUCCAUCACUGAGAAGUUUUCGUGGAAAUACGCCGCUUCAUCUAGCAUGUACGAUUGGUGAUCUUGCCUCGGUAAAAGCCCUCAUUGAUCCAAUAAAUUCUAUAGAAAAGAAUUACUUUCUUGCUGAGAAAAAAAUACAAAUUCUAUCACAAGAUCUGGAGCAACGAAAUUAUAAUGGACAAACAUGUUUACACAUUGCGGCUUCAUCAGAUCAAGUAGAACUUGUACGAUUUCUAGUACAUCGCGGAGCAGAUCUUAAUGCUAGAGAAGGAUUAGCAGGACGAACGGCUCUUCAUCUUGCUAUGCAAUGUAGAUGCCGAUCUGUGGUUACGUUCCUCCUUCAAGAAUGUAGAUUUUCCUUAGAUACAAAAACCUAUCGUGGAGAGACUGCGUAUCAAUUAGCUCUACAUAUUGAUAGACAACUUGCAAGGGAAUUAGUAAGAUUGGGAGCAAUACCAGAACCACUUCCUGAGUCAGAUUCGAAUAGUAGUGAUGAAGAUGAAAGUUCUGCAAUAAUUUAUAUAUCUUAGGCAUAAUUGUUGUGAAACAAUAGAAACAUUCAUCAAAUCUUUAACAAACAUUUCAAUUUUGUUUGUUAUACAAUCGAAAUUUAGCAUUAUGUAAUGAAUUAGAAU